UAGAGAGAGAGAGAGAGUAGGAGAGAGAGAGGGUUGGUUUUCGUUACAAGAGAGUCUGGCGGAGAAGGGGACGACCUUUCUCAAGCGGGAUGCUUCUUCACCCACCCUUCUUGCUUCACUGAAGAAGACGAAAAAGGGUGAGCUUUGAGGAAGAAGAAGAAGGGUGAGCUUGAGCUCUGAAGGAGAAGAAGGGCAAGGAGGGGGGAAUUCUCGGGAAAUAGAUGCCCUUCCCUGUUGUCAAACAGCCGUCUAUUGGAGGAACACCGACGAUUCUAAAGGUGGUCUGAAGAGAAAAUCCGCCAUGGACGACCAGGGGGCUGCCGACGUCUACCGGCCGCUGCAAUUCGACCAGCCGGAAGAUGGGUCAAUGGUCCCCGCGGCGCCGGUGGCGGAGAACGCGGCCCUGGGUUCGAAUUUGGUGCCUUGCGACGGUGGAGAGUUGCAGGAGCUCAUUCCCUCUCCUUCUCAUCAUGUCGUUGGUGGGACCUUGGUUGAUGGGGUGUUGGAUGUGGAGAUGGCGGCUGUUACGGCGCAGGACCGUGGUGGUGCCCGGGAGUCCAGCUCGGGCCGGGGCCGGAGUGGUGGCGUAAAGCGGAAGAGAGGGCGGAAGGGUGGGCGGACUCCUGUGAAGACGAAGAAGAGCGAGGAGGAGGAGGACGUCUGCUUCAUUUGCUUUGAUGGGGGAAAUCUCGUGCUUUGCGACAGAAAGAUGUGCCCUAAGGCGUACCACCCUACGUGCGUUAACCGUGAUGAGGCCUUCUUUCGGAAGAAAGGCCGCUGGAAUUGCGGCUGGCAUCUAUGUAGUGUUUGUGAGAAGGCAGCGCAUUUCUUAUGCUACACAUGUACAUAUUCUCUUUGCAAAGGAUGCAUCAGACAAUCUGAUUUUUUAUGCGUGCGGGCAAACAAAGGUUUAUGCGUAAAUUGCAUGAGAUUGGUGAUGCUCAUAGAGAAUAAGGAUGCAAACAAGGAAAAUGUUGUAGUGGAUUUUGAUGAUAAAAGUAGCUGGGAGUACUUAUUCAAGGAGUACUGGCAAGAUGUGAAGCGGAAGAUGUCAUUGAACCGUGAAGAGGUUAUUAAUGCUAGUAAUCCAUGGAAAGGAGUAGGAGCUCGUGUCCCGCCAAUUGCAUCUAAUGAAUUGCACAAUGCUGACAAUGAACAGAAUGAUGGUUCUGACAAUUUGAAACACCAACUUGAGAAGGACAAAUCAGCACCUAAGAGGCAAAAGAAAAAGCCAAGGAUCGAUGCUGCAGACAAGGUGCUGCCAAGCAUAACCAGAGAUAUAUCUGGAGAUGGGGCUUCUGAACUAACUGAUUCUGAAAGAUGGGCUUCAAAGGAGCUAUUGUACUUUGUUGAACAUAUGAAUGUUGAUAAGUCAACCUUAUCUGUUUUUGAGGUUCAGUCUCUUUUGAUGGAAUAUGUUACAAAAUAUCAACUUCGUGACCCUCAUAAGAAGAGUCAGAUUCUUUGUGAUGCAAGGCUCCAAAGUCUUUUUGGUAAGGCUCGUCUUGGGCAUCUUGAAAUGAUGAAGCUUAUUGAAUCUCACAUUCUCAAAAAAGAGACCUCCCCUGAGGCCCAUAAAAUUCAAAGGGGAAAUGCUGAGGAUGAUACUACACAGGUUGAACUUGAUGGAAUCACAACACCUAAGACAGGGUCAGAUAAAAAACGGAAAUUGAAGAAGAAAGCUGAUGAGGGUACACAACAGACAAAUGUGAAUGAUUAUGCAGCAAUAGAUACACACAACAUUAACUUAAUUUACUUGCGACGAAAUUUAGUAGAGGAUUUGCUUGAUGACAUGGAGAAAUUCCAGGAAAAAGUUGUUGGUUCAUUUGUAAGAAUCAGGAUUUCUGGAUCGGGUAAUAAGCAAGACAUGUACAGGCUUGUCCAAGUUGUAGGUACCAGUAAGGCAGCUAAAGAAUAUAAAACUGGCAAGAAGUCGACUGAUAUCAUGCUGGAGAUUCUAAAUCUGAACAAGACGGAAGCUAUAACAACUGACUCUGUUUCAAAUCAAGAGUUCUCUGAGGAAGAAUGUAAACGGCUACGUCAAAGCAUAAAGUGUGGGUUUAUUAGCCGGCUAACCGUGGGUGAGAUUCACGAGAAAGCGAAGGCACUUCAGCAAGUCAAAGUUAAUGAUUGGUUUGAUACAGAGAUACUGAAGCUUGGUCAUCUUCGCGAUCGAGCUAGUGAAAAGGGCCGUCGAAAAGAGCUUAGAGAAUGUGUAGAAAAGCUCCAGGUUCUUAAUGAUCCUGCUGAACGAGCUCGAAGACUACAGGAAGUUGCAGAAGUGCAUGCUGAUCCUAAUAUGGAUCCAAAUUAUGAAUCUGAAGAAACAGAAGAAGAUGAUCGGAAAAGAGAGAAUUAUGCACGGCCUAGGGACAUUGGAUAUCCUAAACGAGGACGGGAUGCACUCUCUCCUGGGAAAGGAGUAGUUGUUGAUGGCCUGGAUGGUUCUCAAAAAAGCUCAAAUAGUCCUUGGGAUAGAAUCAAGAGUUCUUCUGCAUCAAGGGAACCUAGAAUUGAGAGAGGCCAAUGUGUCAUUGGUGAUAAAACAUUGAGCCAAAGCAAAAAUUCCUAUUCUCAUUGUAGUGAGCAAAAUAAUGAUACAAGAAACAGAGCUUGGAGUCAAGGCUCUAAUCAACUUUCUAGUGGCAUGUUGCCAGAAAUUCCAACAACACCUCAAGCUGUUGGUGUCACAGCAUCAGCUAACAAUAUUGACACAGAGAAGAUGUGGCACUAUUCUGAUCCAUCAGGUAAAAUUCAGGGGCCGUUUUCUAUGGUGCAGUUGCGUAAAUGGAGUACAACAGGUUAUUUUCCUUCAGAUCUUCGAAUAUGGAGAACUUCUGAGAAGCAAGAAGAUGCUGUAUUGCUAAAUGAUGCUCUGGUGGGAAAGUAUCAUCAGGAGUCAUCCCAGUCUGAUCUGCAAGGAACUUAUGCAAAUGCUCAGAAGGUUGGUGGAGUUGGUAGCUGGGAUAAUAGUAGUCAUGAUAGGAACCUGCCUGGGGCCAAUCAUUCAACUUGGACAGGUAGUGACCAAAGAGAUGGGAACUGGAAACCCAGCUGGAAGGAAGCUGGUGGUUUUGUUAGUGGCAGUGCUGAAAUAACAAGAAAAGAUGGACAAGAGAGACAAUCAACUAGUUGGACAAGUUCAUCAAUGGAAUCGCUUGAACCCAGUCAGGGGCAUGUUACAACUGUUUCUUCUGCUCAGGAUCCAUCAGGGGGAUCUACUCCUCGGUCAAGCGAAUCUUUUGGGCACAGUCCUAAGAUGCUUCCAUCACAUGUAGAUAACUCCUACACAGCAUCUCUGCAACCAACUACAGAUACUCGAGUCGGGGUUUCAGGUGUAAAGUUUAACCAUUCUGAGAGCCACAUGAGUCGUUGGAGUCCUGCCAAGCCUUUGGAGGUUCAGCCUAGUGGAACUUGGAAUGCAAGCAAUGGAUAUGAUAAUCAUCUGGACAGUUUGGCUUCUUCAACCCAAUCAUUGGGGGAUGGUGAAAAAUCUGAUACAGAAAAUAUACCUUCAAAGGAAAUUAAAGAGGCAUCACCACUUGCAAGUGCAACUUCUGCUGCAGGGAGUCACUGUAAUGCAAUCAGCAUUAGAACUGACCAGUUGGACCCAACCCAAACAUCUGCUACCAGUAAGUGGAUGAAGGAUCAAACUGAAAAUAAACCGGUGGCUCCACACAGUGUUGGUGAACCAGUGGGCCAUGUGGAUAAUCUGAGGCAGCAAUCCUCUGUCACAUCUUCUCAAAUGGAGAAUCAGAUUUCUGAAAGUAAAGCACCUGAUUUACAUGCUUCUGUUGAAUUAGUGAGCCAUUUGAAUAAUUUGGAGCAACAGUCUUCUCUUGCAGCAAUUCAAUCAAAGGAUUGGACUUCUGAAAAGAAGACAUCUGAUUCACAAGUUUUGCUUGAACCAGUGAGUGCUGUGAAUGACAAGCUACGAUCUUCUAAUACUGCCAUUCAGUCGGUGGACAAAACUUCCAAAAAUGCACAAGUUUCUGAUGAGCCAUUGAGCCCUGUAAAUGAUUUGGAGCGACAAUCUCCUAUUACAGGAACUCAGCCUACCAUAACAUCCACAGCUACAGAUAGGCAGCAAGCAAAUUUGGUAACUUCAGCUAUGGAACAGGAUGCUAUGACAUUAGGUUCAACUCAAAUUGGAGGUGUUUGGACAAGUGGUCAGAAUUCUGGGGCCAUGUCUGCUGGUUCAUCUCCUGAGCCUACUAUAGGUGUUGUUCUUGAUGCAGACAAAUACCCUAAGAUUGUCCCAGUAGCAAUUCAUCCUAUUUCAUCAGCAGGCUUGGGUCCUUCAACUCAUGCUCUUCUGCAGUCAGUAACUGCAGGUCUUUCUCAUGUGAUUCACAAUGAUGGCCAAAAUUGUGAUAAUAACAUGUCUUCGGACCUUCUGGCACAGGACGCUGCACAUGCAGACACAGGUUCUGCCGACUCUCUUCAUGAGCCCAUGGAUACUCAAGAUGCUUUGCUUGCUAAUGAGAACCCUGAAAGCAGUCAGUUUGUUAUAAUAGCUGCUGAAGAUAGCACGGUUGAUGAGAUUUGGGAUGGCCUUUUGGAUGCUGAAGGUGGUGAGCCAGUCACUGAUUUUUUCCCUGAGGAUCUGGACACUGACAAGGUUGAAGGUUCCAUCGAAUCAGCUCCAUUUUGCAGCUCACCUUCUCAAGUGGAAGACUCCAAAAUAAAGUUGUCUGGGUCACAAAUUCCAGUUUCAGUAGAAGGGUCCUCACAGCCUGAUGGCUGGGUAUCUGAUAGUGGUUUUGGAAGCAGUGCCUCUGGGUGUGGUGUCUCAUCUACAGCUGCUUCUAUUCCUAUGAGUCAAGGUUCUGAAAUGAUUUCGCGGCCAGUGGCCUAUAUUUCAAAUGAUAAAGGUGAGGGCUUUUGCCUGGCUUCUGAAAGGCAGGAGUCUUUGCAAAAGCCUGUUGAUAUCCCUCAGGGUAACAUCCCUCGUGAUGGCUGGCUUUCACCUCAGACAUCACCUGAGGUUUCUGAAGUCAUUCAGUCGGUCAAUCCUACCGGAACCUCUGAUCCAUGUUCUGAACAUGAUCAAGAUGCUGGCGCAUCUUUGGUGGCAACUGAUGCAGCAGGAUCUGUGGCCUCUUCCAACACUGCAGAUCAGGGUAUGCAUGAUGUUUCUUGGGCUUCUGAUUCAAGUCCUUUACUUGUUUCAGCCGGAGAACAAACCCCAGUUACCAGUGGAUCAGGCGAUGUUCCUCCUACUGUUCAGCACUCUCAAGGAUCUAACCGGUUGCCUGGCAACUUUUCUGUUUCAGCUUCUGAAGCACAAGUCCCAUCUAGUAAUGAUGUGAGUGAUAUGGCCGUUGCAACUUCAAAUUCUCAAAUAUCUGGUAUCUUUUCUGGAGAUUUUUCUGUUCCAACUGCUGCAGAACAAGCCAGAGCUCCUAGUGCUUGGGAUGCUGUUUCCAAUAAAGUUCGGCAUCCUCAAACAACGAGAAGUGGAGGUUUUUCUGUUUCAGCUACUGCCACUGCUACUGUACCAAUGGCUUCAUCUGAUGCUUGGAGCACACAGAUAAGUGCAAACAGUAGUAACGUCUCUUCGCUCCCCCCUCCUAUGGCAGGAAAUACUUCAAGUGGUGUUGCCAAUCUGUAUCUAGGUAAGAGCAGCUACAGGUCAGCUGUCCCAGAAAGCUGGGGUUCACCUUCAAAGAAUUUGGCCGGCCCAACUGAUAAACAGGGGGUACCAUCUUCUCACAGCACUUGGAGACCUGGGGGGGUCAGCGAACCGUCUGUGUCAAGGAGAAGUGGUUGGGGUCCAUCCGUAGAAAGUUCUAGAGCAGGGUGGAGCCAACAACCUGGAAAUACAAAUGCAAGAUGGGGAGUUGACUCCGUAAAUCAAAGAGGAGUAUGGGAGCAACAGAGGCGAGAAGGAGACAGGUACUCUGGAUAUGGUGAUAGGGGUGGUUAUGGUGGUCAAGGUCAUGGGAUGAGGCCAUGGAGCAAGCCACCUGGUGGGGGUGGCAGUGGCAGUGGGAGCAGUGUAAGCGGUGGUGGGCCUAGGCCUCCUAGAAGUCAAAAAGUUUGCAAGUUCCAUGAGAAUGGUUACUGUAAAAAAGGUGCAUCUUGUGACUUCUUGCAUCCAUGAUCAAGCAUCGAUGGGUGCAGCAGCAGCUGGUGUACAGUGGCUUCUUUGAUUGGAGUAGCAGAUAUCUUUUGGAUUAGUUGGUUGCAUUUCACUGUAGUCUAACACCCUGGUUCAGCAGGCUACCACAAAUUUAGGGGGUUCUAGCUUAUAUUAAUCUUGUUUUUUGCCACCAUUCUCUCUAGUGUUCCCUUUAGUUUCAUUUCCUGUUCUUGAUUUAAAGGGAAAGUUGUUGUCUUCUGCGUACAUUUUUUAUAUUAUCUUCCUGCUUAACCUAGCUAGGCUUAUGCA